UUCUCAUCAUCUCGUCAUUCUCAUCUCUCAAUUCUUUAUUUCUGUAGUAUAUAUAGUUUUUUACUGAUCUUUAUUUUUUAUUAUUAUUUAUUAAUUAUUGAUUUAUAGAAAUAAUAUUAAAUGUUGAUUCUGACCAAUUAUGUGAUUUUAUAAGAAAAACAACACCAACAUGUUCAAACUACAAUACAAUACCSGAGGGUGCCUUUUCCGCCACUUAAAAGUCAGUAUCGGUUACACGAUAGAAGCAGCUUACCCGAGUUCAAGUCGUGCUACUUCUAAAUCGGUAGUGAUCGAUGGUAAAUCAUACCCUGAAGACGAAUACACGAAUAUCACUCCAAAAAUAUUAUCGUUUAUCGGCGUUAACAAUCAUAAUCGUUGCGGCCAUCCUCUCAACUUGUUCAAACAGCGUCUGGUCGAAUUUUUCUACGAUCACUUCAAAGGACGGACGGGUAAUCCGAUUUUUUCUGUCUACGACAAAAUUAAUCCGGUCGUGACGACUAAUGAAAAUUUUGACUCUCUACUCGUGCCAGCAGAUCACCCAAGUAGAAACAAAACCGAUAGUUAUUAUUUGAAUAAGACUCACAUGCUCCGUGCUCACUGUACCGCUCACCAGUCCGAACUAAUAAAAAUGGGUUUGGACAACUUCGUAGUAUUUGGUGAUGUGUACAGGAGAGACGAAAUUGAUGCCACUCACUAUCCCGUAUUUCAUCAGGCUGACGGUGUGCAUAUAUUUACACCAAAUGAAUUAGAAUCAAUUCAUGGGAGUAAUGUUAAUGUAUUUGAUAAAGACGGAAACGAUUCAAACAGUGAAAAGCAAGGGGUUUACUCAAAAGAAGCCAAUGAAAUUGUUACUAAUCAUUUGAAAAAAACAUUGGUCAUCAUGAUACAAAAAGUAUUUGGCGAAGAAGUUGAAUACCGAUGGGUAUCGGAGUAUUUUCCAUUUACACAUCCAUCAUUUGAAUUAGAAAUCAACUACAAUGGUCAGUGGAUUGAAGCUUUAGGAUGCGGUGUUAUUCGACAUGAAAUAUUAAAAAAUGCCGGAGCUGGCAACCGAAUUGGUUGGGCAUUUGGUCUUGGAUUAGAGCGUCUAGCAAUGCCAUUUUAUUCCAUACCAGACAUACGUUUAUUCUGGUCUAAGGAUUCAGGAUUUCUCAACCAGUUUCAAAACCUACCCAAAGACGGACGAAUGAAAUAUAAACCGAUCAGCAUAUACCCUCAAUGCAUUAAUGAUAUUAGUUUUUGGUUGCCCAAAGAAAAACCAUUCUGUUCCAAUGAUUUUUAUGAACUUGUUGGAAACUAUGGUGGCCAGCUAAUCGAACAAGUUAAACUUAUAGACCAAUUUAAACAUCCAAAAACUGGAAAUGUUAGCCAUUGCUAUCGCAUAGUUUAUAGACAUUUAGAAAGAACAUUGAGUCAAGCAGAAGUAAAUGAAGUACACAAACUAAUCGAAAUUAAUGCUGCACAAAUUUUAGGUGUAAAAUUAAGAUAGCUAAAUAAUUUGAUCUGUCAUGACUGGUAUUUCAGUUUGCUUAUAACAUUAAACGGAUGCAUGAACAAAACUGUAUUUUAACUGUGAAGAUUGUACAUUAAAAUCAGAAAUUUUAACAUCAUACUUAGAAAAUUGUACUUACUAUUGGUUUGAUAAUAAAUAUUAAACAAUAUAAAUAGUC